GGUGAUCAUUAUUUUUAAGAAAAUUGCCUCAAUCUACGUGCAUUAUUACUGCUUGGGGAUAUUUUAUGGUAUUGUGUUUGGUCGAGGAAUCGUGUGCGCUGUGCCCAUUUUGAGUUUUAAUGUAAAUAAUGGAUCACUGAAUACUAGUUACUAAAAGAGGAUGGCGCGGCGCCUCUGACGCAUGACUUCCAGUUCUUCCUCCUGGUCAGUUGUCACUGUGCAGCCAUGCAUGUGUGCCACUCCUGUCACUUCUCACCUCUCAAGCUGGCACUGCUGGGCACCACCACAUUGCUGCUCUUGCUCUUGGUGAUGCACUGGGACAUCGGACGCAAGUCCUCGGCGGAGCCGUGGUUCCCAGACCGGCUUGUGAGGAAGGAGCGGGUCAAGCAGGUGGUCAGCAGAUCUGAUGUCAACCUGGCCUUACAAAUUGGUGCCCCCCUAGACCCUCCCCUCAGACAUGGGGCAAACCUCAACAGCAGCUGCCAGCCUGGAUUCUACAGUCCCAGUGAUCUAAGGCCUUAUCUGGAGAGGCCUCCUCAAAGCCCUACGGUGCCGGGAGCUGAUGGGAAAGCCUUUGUGAUGGGCCAGCUGUCAGCCGAGGAGUUGGUUGAGAAGCAGGAGGGCAUGAAGAAAACCUCCUUCAACCAAUUUGCCAGCGAUCGCAUUUCUGUGCACCGCAGCCUGGGCAAAGACACGCGGCACCCAGAUUGUGUUGAGCACAGGUUCCGUCGCUGCCCUCCUCUACCCAGCACCAGUGUGAUCAUUGUCUUCCACAAUGAGGCCUGGUCCACGCUCCUGCGCACUGUCUACAGUGUCCUCCACACAGUCCCAGCAGCCUUUCUCACAGAGGUCUUGCUGGUGGAUGAUGCAAGCACCCAAGCACACUUACAGGCCAACCUGGAGACACACAUGAGGCUCUUGAAGGUUGUGCGAGUGGUGCGGCAAGCGGAGAGGAAGGGUCUGGUUGCUGCCAGGCUGCUGGGGGCCAGGGAGGCUCGAGGGGAGGUGCUCACCUUCUUGGACUCCCAUUGUGAAUGUUUUGAUGGUUGGCUGGAGCCUCUGCUGGCACGGAUUAGGGAGGAGCCCACUGCAGUGGUGAGCCCUGAAAUCGCCUCUAUCGACAAAGACACCUUCAUGUUCAACAAGCCAAUGGCCUACCCCCGCACUCGCAACCGCGGCAUAUUCCACUGGGACCUGACCUUUGGCUGGGAGGCUGUUCCACAGCACGAGAGGGAAAGACGCAAGAAUGAGACGUACCCCAUCAAGACUCCUGCAAUUGCCGGUGGCCUUUUUGCAGUCUCCAAGGAAUACUUUGAGCGUAUUGGAACUUACGAUGGCAAGAUGGAGAUUUGGGGAGGGGAGAACUUGGAGAUGUCCUUCAGGGUUUGGCUCUGUGGGGGACAGCUGGAGAUCAUUCCCUGCUCUGUGGUUGGGCAUGUUUUUCGCAGUAAGAGCCCCCACACCUUUCCUGAGGGAACCGGGGUUGUUGUGCGGAACCAGGUGCGUUUGGCUGAGGUGUGGAUGGGCAGUUACAAAGAGAUCUUCUACCGGAGGAAACGCGCCGCUGCCGUAAUUGCAAGAAUGAACAAGUUUGGGGAUAUAUCUGAACGCUUACAACUGCGAGAGAGGCUGCACUGUAGAAACUUUACGUGGUACCUGGAGAACAUCUACCCAGAGGUUUUCAUCCCAGACCUGAAUCCCAUCAUGCAUGGAGCGAUCAAGAACUUGGACUCAAAGCAGUGUCUUGAUGUGGGGGAGGACAAUGCAGGAGGCAAACGGGUGAUUUUGUACAGGUGUCACAACAUGGGUGGAAAACAGUACUUUGAGUACACUUCACGCAAAGAGCUGCAGCACUAUGUAAAGAAGCAGCUGUGUCUUCAUGCAACCCCAAAAUCGGAACCUGUUAAACUUGAAAUGUGCCAAUUCAGAGGCCCUGGAACCACUGUUGCCCCCAGACAAGUGUGGGACUUCACUAUGGAGAAGCUGCUGCUGAACCCAUUCUCGAAGCAGUGCUUGACCAUACAAGGGGACCUAGUAGUGAUGGAUCGCUGUAACUCGAACAUCAAUCAACGCUGGGCCUUUGUGUAACCCAACAGUAUUAGUUAGCUGGCUGAGUCUCAACAGAAUUUGCUGCUCUGCCUCAUUAGAGCUCCUCAAAAAGCUCUUCAGGUGGCAACUAGAUAAGGACCUUAAAGAACACACUUUCUACACUCUUAAGGGAAAAGGUCAGAUGGAAACUACUGGUUCUACAUACUUCCUUAUUAGGAGAGAGGGGUACUUUGAAUUCUCCAGAAACCAUUUAGUUUUCCAUGUUAUGCAGUGGGCGGAGUUGCAUUUACACAUUUCACUGUAAAUACACACCUCCUGAAUGUCUGUCAUAUUACUUUACCUCUUAUACCAAUAAAUGUACUAUAUUUCAA